CUAUUUCAUGAAAUAUGAUGAGUUUCCUUCCCCCUUCCUUAAUUGUAGGGGAAAAAGUGUACUUUCUGGUCCCUCCUGUGAAUUGUGGACCACAGAUACAGAGAGAAAACAAAUUGCACAUACAUGAAUAUUAUCCCCGGGAUCUGAAGACUCUAAAAAAUGCUCUUCAGGAUUGCCAUGGAUUUUUCUGAAGAAAAGAAUCUGUGAAAUUAUGUGAAUAGAGGCCAUUUUUCAAAGCCAUGGGGGAAAGAGAAAGAAGUCCAGGUACUGGUAAAGAAAGUAAGGCAGGCAGACAUUAUUACUCUUACUGUUCAUCUGAUUUUGGAGCUACACCACAGUCUUCUGGCCGGUCAUCGCUGGUCCAUCCGUCCUCACCGGCAAGUAUUAAGAGAAAAAAUCCUAAAAAACAAAUUUCAGACAGCCAAGUGUGUCAUCAAGUCCCUAGGAAACCAAGCCCUAAGGGUCCACCAAACAGAAGGGGAGUCCCAGCGGGAUUUCACUCCCAGGGCCUCAAUAGGGAGCCACUUCGGAAAGAUACUGAUCUUGUUACAAAACGGGUUCUUUCUGCAAGACUGCUAAAAAUCAAUGAAUUGCAGAAUGAAGUAACUGAACUCCAGGUCAAGUUAGCUGAGCUGCUAAAAGAAAAUAAGGCUUUGAAAAGGCUUCAGUAUCGGCAGGAGAAAGCCCUGAAUAAGUUUGAAGAUACAGAAAAUGAAAUCUCACAACUUAUUGCUCGUCAUAACAAUGAGAUUACAGCACUCAAAGAACGCUUAAGAAAAUCUCGAGAGAAAGAACGGGCAACUGAGAAAAGGGUGAAAGAUACAGAAGGUGAACUAUUUAGGACAAAACUUUCCUUACAGAAACUGAAAAAGAUCUCUGAAGCUAGACACCUACCUGAACGAGAUGACUUAGCAAAGAAACUCGUUUCAGCAGAGUUAAAAUUAGAUGACACCGAGAGAAGAAUUAAGGAACUAUCAAGAAACCUUGAGCUAAGUACUAACAGUUUCCAGCGACAGUUGCUUGCUGAAAGGAAAAGGGCAUAUGAGGCGCAUGAUGAAAAUAAAAUUCUUCAAAAUGAGCUACAACAACUACAUCACAAAUUAAAGGAAAAGGAGAGAGAACUGGACUUAAAAAACAUAUAUUCUAAUCGUCUGCCGAAGUCUUCUCCAAAGAAAGAAAAAGAAAUUACAUCAAAAAAAAAUGCUGCAUGCCAGAGUGAUUUUACAAACCAGUGUACAAAAGAAGUACAAACCAGUGAAGACUUCGAGCUGGAGGAAUAUCCUAUAACAGCACAAACAGUUAUGUGUUAUGAAAACAAAUGGAAAGAACCUGAACGUCUUUCUUUGGAUCUGGAAUCUCAAGAGAGAGGUGAUCAUGAAGAAGCUGGGAUUCUAAACCCAAUUGUGGAAAGAGAAGACAAAUUUGUUAAAGAUCAAGGACUCCAUGCUGUGAAACAGGAGGCUGAGAAGCUGGAGGAUGAGCGGGAAAGAGAAGAACUUGCUAAAAAGCAAAAGGAAAAGACAUCUUUGUUGGAGAGAGAAGAAAAGCCAGUGUUGGAAACUGGAAGAUACCGAAUGGAAACGUACCAAAUUCAAAAUACUGACAAAUUGGAAGAAGAGGAAGAAGAAAGGCUAAAGAGAGAAAUGCUACUUGCUAAACUGAAUGAAAUCAGCAGAGAACUCCAAGGUUCUCGGAAUCUAAAAUAUCCUUCUCUGCCAUUGCUUCGUGAUUUGGAAUCAAAACUGCGCUCCCCAGAGAGAAACCCCAAAACACACACAUUCUUUGAAUCCUCGGAGAGAUUAUUUAAUGGGCAUCAUUUGCAAGACAUCAGGCUUUUCAGUACAAAAGGCGAUGGUCAGAAUCCGGGCAGUAUCAGAAAACCAGCCUCGCCAGAUGGGCUUGCAUUUGGUAGCUAUGUGCCUUCAUUUGCGAAAACGUUAGGCAAGUCAAGUCCAGUUAGCCACAAGAGUAGCCUUUUGGAUUUCCAAAGAAACAAUACAGAGGAAUUUAGUAAAGACAGUGGCGAUUUAAUUACAAGAAAAGAGAAAAAAGCUAAUCUGAUGGAACAGCUAUUUGGUGCCAGUGGUGGCAGCAGCGUUUCCUCUAAACGCAGUGGCCCACAUUCUCUGGCUGCCACCAGUGGAGACUUUGACCCUCUAAAGUUUCUCCCUGGGGAUAAAAGCAGCAGGGGUAGGGAAUAUGAUGAUGACAAUGACAAUGACCUUUUCUUCAGCGAAGGAAGAAGUUUUAAUCCAAAUAGACACCAAUUAAAACAUGCAAACAAUAAACCAGCAGUAAAAGGUGAUUCUGUAGAAGAUGAAAUUGAAGAAGUAGCACUGAGAUGACUGACUAGAGUAUAUAUUUUUUCCAAUUGUAAAUAUUAAAAUGUUUUAAUACGGUA